AUGGUUGCGACCUUCUCGCCGCACCGGGACUCGGGCGGCACUCUUCACCUCUCGUCACACUCAGGGAUUCACCACGUUGAUGCCAGCUCUGCAAUUCGCCAACUAAGGCGCUCUUUGUCGCGCUCACCUUCUAAGAGUUCCAAUUUCUUCCUCAGCACUCGAUCUCAUUCGCCUUCCAAAACUACCACACCCUACGUGUCUUCGCCGCUGUCGCCCUCGAGGCGAUCGCAUCAGAAUUUCUUUCUUUUCCCGUCUAAUCAGCAAUCUCCUCUUGCUGUACCAUAUCCGCCAAGUGCGAAAAUAACACGACCGGCCAUGCGACGGCGGACUUCACCUCGUAGCCCCGCCAAACGCGCUUUGACAGUCUCGACGGACAGUGGGAACGCGACUCCAUCCCAGCCCAUCGCCAUGAAUUUAGGGGAAGAAAACGACUUGACGCUCGAUGAUCUAGAUGGGCCGAUGGAAGGGACUACGCCUGACAGUCCGUGUCAUCUUAAUUCUCUCUCUGUCGCGCAGGGCGAAACAAGCUUCGCUCCCCGCUCCACGCUCUCUCGUAUCGAAAAGCGACGCAGUGGGACAUUUGGCUCAUUCGCCACUGUGAGUCCUUUAAAACGCAGCGACGGUAUUAUGAAUCUGGAUCAAGCAUCGCGAGGGAGUCCCUCCGCCAAGCGACGGAGUGUUCACACGCCAAACUUCUCAACAGACUUCAGCAUCUUCGAUAACGACCAUGAAAGUGCGCCUGCAAGCCCAUCUGCCAACGAGACCUCUCUGUCAACUCCCUUCCAGCCCUUCAGUCCGUUUGCAACUAUCCCAAAGCGCUCAUCCUCUCUCAGACGGUCCACUCUGCAACAACGGCAAAGUGAUCGACCUUUGUUUGGACGUCCGAAGGGGGCAGGUGAGGCCGAGGCAUCUCCCGGUACCCCAUUGGCAGUGCGUCCACGCAUGUCAUUUGACAGUGGCCUGUUUGAGGCUGGUCAAGAAAAUAUGUUCUCCCCUCGUCCUCCUCCAGCCAGUCCUCUCUUUUCCGCAAAUCCUACCAGUAUUGUCACUACUCAACCAUCUCGUCCUUCUGCUCAUCCCCUCUCUCGAACUAUCACUCAAUCGUCUUCUGGCUCGAGUCUAGAUGAUUCCCCAACUCAUGAGGCCGUCCACAAACCGGAGCGCCCACGACCGCUCUUCAAUUUCUCCAAGUCUCUUCCCGCCGGCGCUACUCGUCCCGCCCCUGUGCGCCGUGUAACAAGGGAAGACUCAAGCGGGUCUGGGGAAUCAUUCGCAACACCUGAGAAUUACAAACUAGUCAAACCUCUACCGGCUGCGUUCAUGUCCACGGGGCUGAUCUCGAAGAAAAAUCGCAAUGCAGAGGAGCCAUCGGGUUUCAAUAAGAACAUGCCCGACACUCCUUGCAAACGACCCGUCAACCUUUUCACUUCUGGGUUGAAUGGAUCUUUUAAUAAGCCUCCACCUUUCCAAGAGUCAGAGGCUGUGUCGCAAUCCCCUUUCAACCCUCCAGCCUCUGCUGUACGCCCUAAACCCGGUCCCUUUGCACGAGGUAUGGGCAUUUUUGGGAAUGCAUUCAGUCGCCCCGAAGCCUCUCGUCGGGGAAGCUUCGUGAGUGUUGAUGGGGACGAUCUUCAAGCUCAAUCCCCUUCCUCACGGCAUGACAGCCAGCCAUUAACUGAUUCUGAUUUCCCUCCAACUCCUACAAAACAAACAUUCCUCCCUUCCCGUACCUAUCCUCCUGCUACCUCUCAGAUUGGGCCUCUAGAGCGUCUGUCGGAAACAAGGGUGUCUUCCAACUCUACGCCCUUGCGUGAUCGGUUUCUCCAAGCUUCACCUCAUACUCCUCGCGACCAAUUUUUCCCCCCAGAUCCAAGCGGCUUGUCAAUCUCCGUACCGAAUGAGUCGCAGCAUCUUCAACCUGACUUUGGUGCUAGUCUGGAUCUACCUGCGACCCCGACAGGUCCCCGGGACUCGUUGCUUUCUAGCAAGCGCCCCAGUCUGCAGCUCAGUGGAUUCCACACCCCAGACGUGGAUCCCAGCCUGACCAUGCGGUUCGAGAAAAUCGAGCUUGUUGGUACAGGUGAGUUUUCUCAGGUAUACCGAGUUGCUCAACCUCACGACGCCUCAUUCCCUUCCAUGUUCUCCCUGCCUUCAAGUGGACCCAAAUCCCCCAGUGCUCUUCCUCAUCAUCAAGUCUGGGCUGUCAAGAAGAGCAAACAGCCCUACUUAGGACUAAAGGAUCGGGAACGCCGCAUUAGGGAGGUCGAUGUCCUGAAGACGUUGGUCAAUUGUGACCACAUAGUUUCCUUCAUGGACAGCUGGGAAGAUAACGGUCAUCUCUAUAUCCAAACUGAGUUCUGCGAAGAGGGAAGCUUGGAUGUUUUCCUAGCACAGGCUGGACUUAAGGCCCGACUUGAUGACUUCCGCAUCUGGAAAAUUCUUUUGGAGCUUACUUUGGGAUUGAAGCACAUCCACGACGAAGGCUUUAUCCAUCUUGACUUGAAGCCUGCCAACAUUUUGGUCACAUUUGAAGGGGUCUUGAAGAUUGGAGACUUUGGCAUGGCCACACGCUGGCCUGCCGAGGAUGGCAUUGAAGGCGAAGGUGAUCGAGAGUACAUUGGCCCUGAAAUCCUGAUGGGUCGGUUUGAUAAACCUGCGGACAUUUUCUCACUUGGUCUGGUCAUCUUUGAAAUUGCUGGCAACGUGGAACUGCCAGAUAAUGGGGUGUCUUGGCAGAAGCUUCGAAAUGGCGACAUGAGCGAUGUUCCCAGUCUAACCUGGAGUUCCGAGACUAGCAUUUUCCGCGAUGCAACUGGAAACCCUGUCACAGACGGGACUUCUUUUGAGGAGCUUUUUGCGUCUGAUUUGGGUGAUGACGACUUUGGGGACAGCUUCCUCACUAGCCGGGAGUUGACUACGCCGAAGCCGACCCAUCUCGCCCGCAGUGGGGAGCUUGUGGACCCGCCUGCCUUCAUGGUGGAUGCCAGUCACAUACAUGCCUUGGAUAAAAUUGUCCGCUGGAUGAUCUCCCCCGAGCCCCUUGAUCGACCUACCGCAGACGAUGUUCUAGGCACCUAUGGACUACAGUUUGUGAACCAGCGUCGCCGUGCCGGAGCCACAGUAUUUGAGGGCAACUGGGGGCCCGCUGAUGAGAUCUUGGCCGAAGAUGCCGAAAUGAUCGAUGUGUAA